AUGAAUUCAUCCACUAAGCUCGACGCUUCAAAGGCGAGCGAUGGCAUUGUUGGAGACAACUCUCUGACUGAAGCAAAACAGAUCAGCUAUAUUAAAGUUGAUGAGGCGCCAAAAUUCGAUCUCGAAUCCUACAUCGCAAAUUACAAAGGCCGCACGCGUUUCGACCGAUUAUUCCUCAUCGGCAAAUGCUCCACUGUCCUAUCCCUCGAUGCCCUCAGACUAGCAGUCGCCGAAGCGAAAUCCGGCAAAGACGUCGAACGAUACGAGCUCGCAGUCGAAGCAUUAAAACAAGCAGCACCCAACGACCCAGACGCAGUUCUCGACCAACGAUGGGUGGAUGUCACGAAACAGACUGUUAGGGCGGAGACCGAUAAACUUGAACAUGAGUUAAAGGGCUACAAAAAUAACUUAAUCAAGGAGAGCAUACGAAUGGGGACCGAUGAUCUGGCUUCACAUUAUCAUGCUGUCGGCGAUCUUGCAUCGGCAUCCAAAGCUUAUGCUCGUCUUAAAGACAACUGCACUACGCCCAGUCACUUUGCAGCCAUGCACCUUAAGACUAUUAAUGUUGCUAUCGACCGCGGCGAUUGGUUUGGUGUGCUGCAGGCUGUUGCACGAUACAGAUCAGGGCCAAAGCCAGACGAUGACCAGUCCAAAAACGCAGCAAAGAUAUCAUCUGCAUCAGGUCUAGCUCAGCUUGGACAAGGAAAUUUUCUAGAUGCUGCGAAUCAGUUUCUCGGUGCCGAACCUACUUUGGGCGAUAGCUACAAUGAAGUCCUCACCGCGAACGAUGUUGCCGUCUACGGUGGACUGUGUGCCUUGGCUUCCAUGGAUAGAAACGAGUUGCAACGCCGAGUGCUGGAAAACAGUCAAUUCCGAAAUUAUCUCGAGCUGGAACCUCAUAUCCGUCGCGCCAUAUCAUUCUUUUGCAACUCCAAGUUUCGCUCCUGCUUAGAUAUUUUGGAGGAAUACAAGGCCGACUAUCUGCUUGACAUCUACCUUCAGCGUCACAUUGCAGCAUUGUAUAACCAGAUUCGGAUCAAGUCUAUUCAACAGUAUGCCGUUCCAUUCAGUCGCGUUUCCCUUGAUGCCAUGGCAAAGGUUUUUGCUCCCAAGAUUGUUGGAGGUGUUGCCUCACCUACUGAAAUCGGAUCACCAUUCGUUCAGGAAUUGAUCAAUUUGAUUGAGAACGGCACACUGGAUGCACGUAUCGACUUGGAGAAGGGGUUGCUUGUUUCAAAACAGACGGACCUGCGCAAGGACGUGAUCAAAGAAGCCUUGGAGAGUGUGGAGGAAUACGUGAACGAGGCACAUUUACGACUUAUACGGACGAAUCUUAUCAAUGCAGGAAUUGAGAUUCGCGUUGCACCUGGGCCCAUGGCUACCGAAGAGCUGUCAGGACGAACUCCAUGGUAA